GUUGGACAUUAAGGUGGUAGUUUCCUUCUGUCAGCUACGUCAUCCAUCCUAUUUCCAUUGUCCGGAAAGAUUUGUUUAAUCCAUUACGAUGGUUCAAUAGCGCAUCAAGUCCUAUUAAAGGGCCCGGGACGAUCAGAUUCGAAAAUGGCUGGAACGCAACGGUCUCCUUACUUGAUGCUCGCCAACGUCCUCAUUCCAAUCGCGACGAUCGUGUUCGCCACGGGAUUCUUCCCUUAUAAACCGUUUAUUGCGGGAUUAGCAAAUUUCACUGAAGAUGGCGAGCAGCAGCCGCCGGCUAUCUUUGACAAGUUGAUAUUUAUGGUUGUGGAUUCGUUACGCAGUGAUUUCGUUUUCUCCGAACCCUCGGGUUUUAGCUAUGUUCAAAGCUUGAUUCGAUCCGGCGAUGCAAUUCCUUUCACGGGGCAUGCCACAGCUCCAACUAUCACCAUGCCUCGAGUGAAGGCCAUGACAACCGGGUCUGUCCCGUCCUUUCUCGAUGUCAUCUUGAAUUUUGCAGAAGCGGACACUUCAUCGACUCUAGCAGACCAAGACACAUGGCUGCUUCAGCUGAAAAAGAACAAGGGAGGAAAACUCGUCUUCUAUGGCGAUGACACCUGGCUUAAGCUCUUUCCCAACAUGUUCAGCAGAUCAGAUGGGACAUCGAGUUUCUUCGUAUCGGACUUCACGGAGGUGGACAAUAAUGUGACCAGACAUGUCCCCGAAGAGCUUGGGAAUACGGACUGGAAUGCUCUGAUUAUGCACUAUCUUGGACUGGAUCAUAUCGGACACAAAGCGGGCCCCAAGAGCCCGAACAUGAUCCCAAAGCAAAAGGAGAUGGAUGGUAUAGUCGAGCAGAUAUAUCAUGCCAUGCAAACCCAACACCAUCUUCAGUCAUCCUUGUUAGUACUGUUAGGAGACCACGGUAUGAACGAUGGAGGCGGUCAUGGAGGGUCCUCGGCAGGUGAAACGUCGCCAGCCUUAGUCUUCAUGUCUCCAAAGCUGAGACGUGUCGGACAACUGACCACAAGGGAUUGCCCUAUCCCUUUUCGGGAAGACUUUGACUUCUACGGUACGGUCGAGCAGUCGGAUCUUGCGCCGACGUUAGCAGGACUUUUUGGCUUUCCCGUCCCCCUUAACAACCUCGGAGUCUUUAUAGAGACCUUCCUUCCUCUGUGGCCAAAUGGGAAGGACCGGCUCCAAUUGCUGAAGCAGAACGCUCGGCAAAUGCUGAGCCUUGUCAAAGAGACGUUCCGCAGCGAGGAUUUCGAGCCCUCCACAAAAAGAGACAAUUGUAACGACAUGGACUCCGAGGGAGCAGAACUUGCUUGCUUGUGGAAAGAGGCGGAAGCUAGUGGAGACAAUGAGAGAUUAGUUCUCAGUAGGAGAGAACCACAUCUGGAACAGGCAUUCGCGUUCAAGAAGUUUUGCAAACGAACUCAAGAGGUGAUGAGUAGUACGGCAAGCAACUAUAACCUCACAAGAAUGGGCGCUGGGAUUGUACUUUGCCUAAUAGCCGUCACAGCGUCUCUCUUGACUUUGCUAGAUAAACGACGCGGGCUCAGUAUCACUGAUCAACUAGUGUUCAUCUGUGUAGUCGUCCCAUACAUGGCCUUAAUGUUCGCCAGCAGCUUCGUUGAAGAAGAGCAGGUCUUCUGGUAUUGGAUCUCAGCAGGCUUCAUCGCCUCCCUUGUCUCCUCCACAGGAAUCCCGCCUAACUUGACAGGAGCCGCUGCAGGAGCCGCCUUGCUCCUCUUCCACCGCAUCAUCCAGCGCUGGAACCAGACCGGCCAGAAACGAGCUGGCGCGCCAGAUAUCGUGCAUGACGUCCUCCUCCCACACCCACUUCUCCUCUGGACCCUCGUCCUCACAACAUACGGCCUUGUCUUGACGAGACUCCGUGUGCGGCCGUUCAGACCGAAUAAGCGCACAACGAUGGAGUCGUACCUCAGCAUGACAGCCGGGCUACUGUCGCUGGUCUUCAAGGCGUCGUUCACGGCUCAUGAUGCGCCUGAGCUGCUAGAGGGGGUGACUCCAGGCGUCCUUCAGAUAUUCAUGGAUUUCAAUCUGGUGGUGGGCGCGCGGUUGGUGUUCGGUCUGGUCAUAUUUGUGCUGGUCCUUCGGUUGGCAAGGAAUGACCAUACACUGCCGAACGAUCUUGUUCACUUGGUGACGAUCUUCCUAUUGACGCAAAGUCGAGCGCAGAACAUCCCACUAUUCCUCCUUUUCGAGCUCCAGGCGGUCUGUCUUUCGACGCUCCAUCUGAACCCUUCGCAAUUGUCCCUCACUUCUAUCCUCUUCUCACACACUGCGUUCUUCGCGCUAGGCAAUAGCAACGCCAUCUCCUCCGUCGACCUCGCCAACGCGUAUAAUGGGGUUGCAGGAUACAACGUUGUCGCAGUCGGCGUCCUCGUGUUUCUGAGUAAUUGGACCGGGCCGAUCUGGUGGACUCUGAGCAGCCUGCGACUCAUAAAAGAGACUAUGCAGGCCAGGAAAGAAAAGGAUCAUUCGCCUGGAUCGCCAUUCCAAUUGUAUAUGCCUCUCCACACCGUCUUUGUCGGCUGCGCGCUCGUUGCGGUGAUGGUGGCUUGCACCGUGCUGCGAACGCAUCUGUUCAUCUGGACGGUGUUCAGCCCGAAGUAUCUAUUUUCCAUGGCGUGGAGCUGCUUGUUCCAUCUUCUUAUUACUAUCGGGUUGAGUACGGUGUACCAGAAGAUAGCGCUCCGAGCAACCAGAUAG